AUGUCUACCCCGAACGUUACCACUCCCUCCUUCAUCGUCCGUGUCCCCGCGACCUCUGCCAAUAUCGGCCCAGGUUUUGAUGUCGUCGGCCUCUCCCUCUCCCUCCAUCUCACCCUCCACGUCACACUCGACGCGGAGAAAUCCUCAUCACCCACAUCCGGUCGUCCCCCGCCUCCAGUACUCACUUACUCUGGCGAGGGGGCAUCCGAGGUUCCACUCGACCCUUACAAGAACCUCACCACUCGCGUCGCCCUAUACGUCCUCCGUUGCCACGAUCACCCCUUCUUCCCCCCCUCCCUAACCCACAUCCACGUCGACAACGAGAUCCCAUUCGGCCGCGGCCUAGGAUCUUCCGGUGCCGCCGUCAUCGCAGGCGUCCUUCUCGCAGACGCCCUCGGAAGCCUUCGUCUCUCCCACGAGCGCAUGCUCGAUUUCGCGCUCAUGGUCGAGCGCCAUCCCGACAACGUCACGGCUGCACUCGUUGGCGGCUUUGUGGGCUCUUAUCUUCGCGAACUCGAUCCUGUUGCGACGGAGGCAGCGCAGGUUCCGCUGAGUGAGGUUCUGCCUGAAUAUCCCCCCGAUGCAGGUGCAGACUGGGGUCUCUCCCCGCCUGUCCCGCCAAACGGAAUCGGGCAUUACGUGCGUUUCAACUGGUCGGAUAGCAUCAAGGCUGUCGCCAUCAUCCCUCGGUUUGAGCUUAGCACGGCAAAAGCCCGGGAAGUGCUUCCAGAAUCAUACACAAGGAAAGAUCUCGUCUUCAACAUGCAGCGUCUUGCAGUACUGACGACAGCUUUGGGCCAAUCACCUCCUGAUCCCGAACUUAUAUAUGAGGCAAUGAAAGAUCGUGUUCACCAGCCAUACCGGAAACUUCUUAUACCUGGUCUUCCUGCUGUCACCUCUCUCCUCACCCCGUCCUCACAUCCGGGCCUCCUCGGCAUAUGCCUUUCUGGCGCAGGUCCUACUAUCCUUGCUCUCGCUACACACAACUUCGAAAAAAUUGCUGAAGCCGCACGUGAUAUUUUCAGGACAGAGGGCAUCGAAGUGGACUGGAAGGUGUUAGAGAUUGCUGAGGGAAGUAAAGUUGUGUAUUCUUAGAGCACAAGACCGCGGAUUCGUGUGUCUGGGGAUUGAGCAUGAAAAAGGUCAUAAA